AUGAAAAAAACAAAUUUGAAGCUAAAUGCUACUGCAACAUCAAAAAGAUAAAAUAAAGAAAAUACAAUAAAAUCUCCACGAAAAGCUAUUUCCCCAAAAAACUUUAGAUAAAAAUUAACUUGUCCUGAUUUAUGGGAUAAUAUUGAAAAAUAAUAAAUUACUUCUGAAACAAUAUUUUAACAAAUAUUUCCUAAUCCUAAUAGAAAGAGAUUAACUUACUUUUAGUUUGAUUAAAUUAAACUUUUAAGUGUAGAAAAAAAUGAAAUUUUUGAUUUAUUGUAAUAGGAUGACUGGAUAGAAUAUAAUAGAGCAGGUAAAAUUCUAGGAGAAAAAUAUGGAUUUGAAUAAAGUUAUUUAAAACAAUGGUUUGAUGAAAAUCAAGUUAAUUAAACUAUUAAAAAAGUAGAUCUACUCAAAAAAUUUAAAGACAAAAGUAAUUUUAUAACCAAGUAUAUAUUUAUUUAAAUUAUAAGAUUAUUUGAAGAAAUUGAUUUUAAUAAUACAUAAGAAUUAUCGUAUUGGGAUAUCUAUCUUCAUAAAGAUAUUUAUAUACUUAAGUAAAUAAUUCCACAAUGA